AUGGAUGCUGGAAUGUCUGCUAUGACCUCUUCGAGAGGCCAAAUGCGAAGAGAUCUUCUCCAGAGUGACGUAGGUAAUAUCGAUGUUUCUCAGGAGAUACCGAGAGGACCUCCGCAGCCACGGCAGCCAUAUCCAAGAAUGCAGAAUCGAAUGCCCCAGCAACAGCCGUAUUCCGGUGGACCUUGGCCCGAAGAAACGGAGAGGAGAGCUUAUUCGCUGAAUCAAAAAUCUUUAUCGAGUUUUUUCAGACACAAGGGACCCAAGAUGCAUCAUGGCAGGAGUAAAGGCGGUUUUGGUGGUAAGGAGGAAGAUGAGGAGGUGAUUGUGGAUGAUAGCAUGUCGAUGAUGACGUAUAACGACAUCAGGACUUCCGGCAAUAAGGGUGGUGAAAGAUACGGCUAUGGGGGCGAUACAGCACCUAUAAUUCCGACUUUGGUGACCAGAGAACAUAGCAAUAUGAACAACGUCGAGUACAGGAAACAUCUGACAGCACAGAAGAAAUCUGCAAUGAAUGCGAUGGCAAGAGCGCAGAAGACACCAAACGACGCCCGAUCCAUGUCUUUGCAGGGCUAUAGCAGCGUCAAUCCAAUGAGACAGCCGAAUCAAAUGUACCCGGGGUUUCUAGCACCGCCCCCUUACGCUGGCGAUCCAUCACGUCCGAUGAUGCAUCCACCGGCUCAGCCCGAAAGAGGUACGUUUUACGGCCCCACAAACCAUCGGCCCAUGCCUGGGGCGGUUGGCGGACCGCGUGCCAUGUCACUCAUGUCGCCCAAUGUAAGACCUCCAAACAUGAGGCCGGGUGUAAAUAACUUCCAACCGCGGCCCCAGCAACAGGCCUACGGACAACCGCAUGGUUUGUCGUCAGAUAACUUGCCACCGCAACCUGUGAAGGCAGCCCCAACCGCUAGAGACGAUACGAGAGGUCAAUUGAACGUCAUACAGUUGUCUGCCCCGCAGCAGAAGGACUUGAGAGAGAAGGAACGGCUUCUGGCAGAGAGAGAGAGAGAACUGUGGGAGAAAGAACGGGUGUUCAGAGAGCAGGAAGCUCUCAUAAGGCAAGAAUUGACUCAGAAGGAGAAAAAGACAGAACUACCAAAGGAAGAGCAGGCUUCUGGCCAGCAGAGGUUGGCCGUGGACAAAAAGGAUAUAGACCUUGAUCCAUCUCCGACGCUAGAGAAUGGGCUGCGAUCGCUCUCCGUGGAUGACCACAGUACGACAACCAAGGUCGAUUUGCAUAACAGAGUUUCAAUGGGAACGUUCGUGUCAGUUUUCAGUGAUUCUCCGGAGAAGCGAAGGCUUGCGAAUCCGAGUGGAAUGUACCAGCUGGAGGAAAAGAAUAGGAGCAUGUUCGUUACUGCCCAGGAGUUCCCCACAGCAGGACAACAUGAUCCCACUGAGGCGCUCGCUGAAGAUAAAGACGCUUCUUUGAGAGAUGAUACUCUAACUGAAAUGGCAAGCACAGAGAGAAGAGCAAAACGCUCCUCUAUGAUAAAAGCCAAAGAGUUUUUGAGGAAGCUAUCAACGAGCAGCUUGAACAAGGAAAACGACUCUCAAAUAGCUCUGAAUAAGAGCUCCAGUCGCCUGAGUAUGAACAGCAUACCGAAUUCAGAAUCUUCUCAUUAUACAUUGGUGCGCAACAGAGAAGGCGGCCCAGCACUGGGAAGAUACAAGAACAAUGGGAGCGAAGACAGACUUGCGAAAAGUUCUGAAGCGCAAGACGAUCCCGACGCAUUUAUAUUCGACAACACAUUAGGGAAACCUUAUGUGCCAAGUUUCGCCGAAGAGGAUGAGCUACUUGAGAUAAAUAAGUUCAAAACUAUCACGAUCUCGGGGGAGCAGCUGCAUAUUCUAUCUGAAAACAAAGAGUUGAUGAGUGAGCUAACACUCGUUUCCAUGGAACUAGCAGAAUCAAUAAAAAGAGAGACUGUACUUGAAGAACAACUGAAGAACUCCAAUGAAGCUACCCAGGGGGAAAAUCCAUUCUCUUUAGCAGACUUCGAGACUGAACUGCGCAAAAAGUCAUCCAAGAUUGUAGAACUUAUUCAACAGCUGAACAACGAGCGUCUGAAGAGGUUUAUCGCCGAAGAGCAAGUUUUGCUGACGGAAAACGGCGCUAAGCCUAGCUCCAUCGAACUUCUACAGAAGAUAUCCGCAUUAAACGAUCAACUAGCACUGAAAGACGCUGAGGUAUCACAGCUUAAAGACCAACUGUCAGUAAGUAAGUAG